ACUGUUAAGUACAAAAUACAGAAACCUCUUCCAGUUCCGGUUUUAUUUACUAAGGAGGACGUUGAGGUUGAGGUCAAUCACGUCUCAUUAUAAAAAAUGUUUAGAAUAGCCUUAAGAGCCAGUACGUCCCUUCAUAAUGCAGCUAGACAAUGUUUAAAGGUACAAGCAGGAGGUGAGUUGUUUUUAAGUAAAUUGGGCUGUUUUUUUAAUAGAUAAGAUUCUUGUUUACAACUGUUCACUGAUCACCUUUAGUUUUAGUUAGUACUAUACUGAACUGACUAUAUAGACAUAGACUAUAGUAGUAGCAGUGUUAGUUAGCAAUUCAGUUUCAGUCUAACUUAAACUAACUACAACUCAAACUUUUGAGUCAAACAUUUUAAUUUCAAACAAGAUUUACGUGGCCAUACUAGUACUACUUGUCAGUGGUAGGAGGCUUUUUUUUAUCAUUAGGCUUAAACUUAAGUCAAGUCUUAAGUCAAUUAGUUAGUGAUUUUUUUCAUAUUUAUUUAUACUUUUUCCUUAGGCAGUGUCUACACGUCCGGCACACACGCCCUAUUUGUCUAGCGACCAAGUCACAUGACCGCUGGAAGAAUACUUUAUCGAGAUAUUCGUUCGGCUACCAAGUCACAUGACCGCCGUAACAAAGUGGCGCGAGAUAUUGUCCGUCAGCCUUGUCCCAUGACCGCAAAUGAUUCAAAACUAUUGUUAAUUUUAAAAUCUAUUUUCUACCAAGUAAUUUAAUGAGUAUCUUGCAAACACAUAAUAGAAAAAAAUACUUGGGUAAAUUACCAAAACAAAGUGGGGGUUAAGCAAUAAUUUAAUAAUGCAUUCUAGAAGGAAGCAAUGCUGAGAGGGAGAGAGAAAUACGGUAAUAAAAAUAUGAAUGCUAAAAAAUAAUAGUGAGGGUGAUAAAUAAUUAAGUUUAAGGUGGGGAGGCCAUAAUAGUAGUAGUAAUAGUGCUACUAUUUAGUAUAUAGGCCGACUAGUUUAAUAUUAAAAAACCACAGUAUGUAUCUCAGAGCAUUUGACAUUUGAAUAUAUUAACAUGUUCAGCUUUUAUUUAUUAUCUAGGUUAGGACCAAUAUAAUAAUAUGUACACUAUAUCGGAAUAUCAAAUGCAAUUCAACUAUUUUGCCGGCGACCUCUUGUCACAUGACCUGCCCUGUCAGAAUAAUAAUGCCUACUAGUCGUCCGGCAGUCAUGUGACAUGCUUGCCGGACACAUAUCUCCCACACUAUUUGUCCGGCCCGCCAGACGUGUAGACACUUUGUUUUCCUUAAAUGUUAUUUAUCAAGUGAUAUAAGAGUUCAUUUAUGCCUAGCAUUAAGUUGUGGUUCUGGAGAUUAGUUUAAGUUUAGUUACGUCAAUGAUCAUAACAGUACUCUUUUAACUCGGCCAACAUGGCUUUUUAUCAAUUUCUUUUUAAAGCUGUCUGCAGAAUCUUUUGGUUCAGAUCACUUUGGGUAUUUAAUAGUAAUAGUCCCAGCGUUGUCAUUGUCAACCUCAGUGCUGUCAUGGCUGGGAAGUAACUUUUGGUACCAAGUAUGGCAUUCUAAAGGUUUGGCAUACUUGCAUAGUUUCUUUUUCUUAAUUUUUCAUUGCAAAACCCUUUGGUCAAAGAUACUAUGUGUCCUACAAAGGAGUUUGAUCUGGACAGCUUCCAGCUUUUGUUAAGAUGGGCUAAUACAAGUAAUUUUCCAUCACUUGAAACAUCAUAUUCAUAUUCAAUUGAAUACUCAACAAUAUCACUAGGCCUACUUUAAAAUUCAAAAGAUUUUGAUCUUGUUUAAGAUGUUCAGGUUAAGAAAUCAUUAAAUUUCAGCAUAUCAUAUGACUGAUUUGCUUUUCUGAUCCAAGCAUUGAUUUCCUUUUUACAAUUGCUGUCUAUUGUGACAUUGUCCUGUGUCCCAAGGUAGGCUUACUCAAACUUGAAACUAUGCUACAUUCUCAUCUUUGGUUUGUCAAUGACUAUACUCCUCAUUCAUGUUUCUUCCAAAUUAUUAAAUCAUUUUUAGAAAUUCAUUGUGGAUUUUUGGUAAACUUUUCAACCAGGUCAUGUUCUGGAUUUCUGUGAUAUAUAAUUAACUUUAUUUAUCUUUAAAAAUUUGAAUUAUGGGUUAAUGCUUCCAAAAUAUUUUUCCCAGCCUAUAUCCUUCAAAAAAAUAUCUCUUUUUAGCAAUUACAGCUGUGCGCAAUAGUCAUGGUCACCAGGAAACUGAUGAGGAGUUUGACAACAGAUAUGUGAAACAUUUUGAGCGUACUGAUAUAGAUGGAUGGGAAAUCAGAAAGGCAAUGAACGAUCUUUCUGUGAGUGUAUUUUGUACUAGGGGUGUGCCGGAUCCGUUUUUUCCAACCGGAUCCGGAUCCGGAUUUUCUUAUGCGAAAUCCGCCGGAUCCGGAUUCCGGUUUCUCCCGGAUUCCGGAUUUUGGUACUAUUGGUAGAUACUUCGGUAAGUCAAGGUGGACUACUACUUUUUGUGUAUGGGAAUUCGCAAUCGGCGCCAAAAAAUCCGAGUUUUUAAUUUUCCGAUGUGUGUGUCUAUUUAUUAUUAAAUUAGUACUUUCGAUAUAUAUUUGAGUUCCGUUCCAUUUGGAUAAGUGUCUUACGAGAGACGCCAUGUUUCUACGCGUUCGCAGCAGGUUAUGCAGCUCGCUCAACCUAAUUUCGCCAUGGGGUUGGCCACGCCCCCCUUUUUAAUGGCGGAAGUUGACGAUACUUAGGAAAUAUUAAUUUAUUAUCACUAUUUACAUCAAAAUAAUUGAUAACUUGUGUUUCAGAAUGCAUUUAAAGACAUUUAAACUGGAAUGUUUUAAUUUGAGCUUUAACAACCCGGUAGAAUCCAUAUUAUAAAUGAUCAGAAUUUACCGUGUGCAACACGUUGUCAUUGGCAACCAUUCACAGCCACUUGCAUAACUGUAUCGUAGUACUACCUCAGAGUUUCAUUCAUAAGAGUUUGCCGUGUGCAAAAACUAUUAAACCAUUGGUCAGGGAAAGCUUUAAUUAAUUAUUCAUGUGCCAAAGUUGAAAGUUUAAACUAAGUCUAAACAGUAUUUUAGUGAUAAGGCAGGGAAUGCGUUGCCUUAUAUAAACUAUAUAGUCAUUGCGCAUGACGGGAUUGGUGGAAUGAGAUCACAGAAUGUGGAGAUGCAGUCCAUGUUAAAAAAUGACAAACCAAGUCGUACUUUAAAAAUUCAUAACUUUAAAACUACAACAGCUAAAAAUAUGAUUUUGGUGUUAUAAUUCUUUAAAAAAUUACAUCUUUUCAACUAUGCCAUUGGUUUAUUUUUACAAAAAGUUUAAAUUUUCUUAUCAAAGUCCCUACACUAUUGGCCACUAUUAGCGGUGCUGACUCUAGCCUCUGGUAUGUACGGAAUAUUAAACAUUAAACAAGCUCAACGCUCGAAACAAUCGAUUAAUGUAUCGUGAUCGUGUGAAAUUCGGGAAAGAGAAUUACUUUUAUUUCAGAUUAUGAUCCGGUGAGUCACAAAAUCUGGCAAAUUCCGAAAUCCGGUAUAUUCCGGAUUCCGGAAUCCGGUUGUUCCGGAUACAUGUAAAUCCGGCGGAACCGGAUUUCACCGGAUAGUGCAAAAUCCGGCGGAACCGGAUUCCGGACCGGGGUCCGGCACACCCCUAUUUUGUACUAAUUUAUAUUUAUGAAUGUUUAGACUAGAAUGAUCGUAACAAAAGCUGUUUGUAUUUUUCUUGUUGGGCUUUGGAGUUGAGCUAGAAUUUGAACAUGUAAUAUUCUGUGGCUUCCAUCAAAUCUAAACUAUUAAUGAAAAGUGUUACAGUUUAUUUAGGUAUUAAAAUAGAAAAAAUACAGGGACAAGAUGCUAUUUACUCAUGUCCAAUAAUUUAAUUACCUAGCUAAAAUUUGAGUGGGUGGGGGGGGGUAUUUUAAUAUUUAAUAUCGACUAUAUUGUGGUGUUGUAAUAUUAUUAAUCUGAAUUAGUUAAAAUCUUUACACAUUUUAAGCAAUUAUUUAUACAUGCUUUGUUGAAAAUCAUUGAAAUACUUUUUCUGAAAUGAAUUAGUUAUUAUGGGACAUUUUCAUUUUACCAUUAAAAGAACAUACUUUUUUUUUUAUAAAAAAAAUUUUUGCCUUUUCCUUGUUGCUAUUUUCACAUCGAUAAAGAUAUUCUGUAAUAUUAUAUGCAAUUUUUAAGGGUGAGGAUCUUGUGCCAGAGCCACGCAUCAUUAUUGCUGCAUUGAAAGCUUGCAGGCGUGUGAAUGAUUAUGCCUUGGCUGUUAGGUAUCUGGAAUCUGUGCAGGUAUUGGCUUGUUUUUUUUAUUUAUUUGUAUUUGUGUAUACAUUAUUUCUAAUUGGUGGAAUAGAAAUUUUAAAACAGAAGGUUACUUAAAAUUAGUAGGGGAAGUGUGGUAAAUAUGUUCAUAACUUUGUGUUUUAUUGUUCUCUUCCUAUUAAGUGGAAGUGUGGUGGUGAAAAGAAGAAGAUCUGGCCAUGGUUGUUGCAGGAAAUCAAACCUACACUUGAUGAGCUGGGUGUCCUCACACCUGAGGAGAUGGGUUAUGAUAAACCAGAGUUGGCACUUAAGAGUGUAUAUGACAUGUAGAGUUUUAGCUUGUGACAGGUGAGCCAAUAAUUUCCCCAUAAUUUAAACCAUUUUUAGAAGCUUUGAAGAAGAUAUAAUAGCUAAAAUAUUGAAAUUUUUUAAUAUAUAUUAAAAUUCAGUUUUGUUAUUUUCAUUUUCUAAAGUUUGAUUGUUUAACUCAUUCCCGACGGUUGCGACUAAAUGCGUCCUGGGGGGGGGGUUCCUACUGAUGCGUCCCGGCGCAUAGCGACACACCUCUCUUAUUUUUAGUUAAAAAUAGCAAUGAAAUCUCGCACCCCUCGAGACUUCCGGCUAUGGCGUGAUUUCUGCGUGAUUUUAAUUUAGAAACCGGAAGUUUUUAUCUUGUUUCACUUUAAAACUACGUGUGCUUUAGUACGGCGCGUCUAUAUGUACCAUGUGUUCGUCCGAGGUGCCGAAAAUCGAUUUUUUUGGCCAUUGUUCGUUAUUUUUCCCCCGCUAAUGUUAUAUUUAUAUUAAACCUUAUUCAUUUUUUGUUGCAUUUGUUCUUAAUUCAUUAACAUUAAAUAAUAUUUAGCAACUUAAAAAAAUAUUUUAAAAAUAUAAAUCAAUUUCAAAAUCUAAUGUUAUAUUUAUAUUAAACCUUAUUCAUUUUUUGUUGCAUUUGUUCUUAAUUCAUUAACAUUAAAUAAUAUUUAGCAACUUAAAAAAAUAUUUUAAAAAUAUAAAUCAAUUUCAAAACUGAGUUGCUUCACUUUUCUCAGGAAAAUAAAUUAAGUCCGGAAGCACCGCUGCCGGAGGGAAUGAGUUAACAGACUCCUGCCUAAGUAAAGGGGCAUAAUUUUUUUUUAAAUGUAUACCGGUUUGUUUUUUAAAUAAAAAAAAAAAAGAAAGAAAUAUAAAGCAUGCAAUAUCAUUGUUAUUUAACUUUUAUUAAAUAUAAGAAUGAAUAAAAUGUUAAAAGCAGGAUAAAAUAAAAAAAGUUUUUUUUCAGAGAAUAACUUUUUAAUUGUAAUGUCUGAAAAUGACCAUUGCUGAUUUUAAAAAUUCACAGAUGGUCAUCUUAGCCCGCUAGUAUUAUUAUCUACAGAUGUUAUAUUGAUUUUUAUAGCUUGUUUCAGAUAUAUUUUCACCUAUAACAUAACUACCGGUAUUACUUUCUACAUGUCAAUAAAUUCUAUUGUUUCAUCAUGUAAACUUGCUAAUAUAGAAAGAUUAGAGCUUCAUGCCAAUGAGCAAAAAUAAUUUAGAAUAUCUUUCAAUAAUUAAGUCUGAGGUUGAGCAUCUGUACAUUUUAACAUACGAAGUGGCUAUUCGUACUAGGGUACCAGAAGUGAGAGGUUGGGAUUAAAAAACUAUUUAAAAUAUUCCUGUUGGAUUUAUAAGACAAAAUGAUGUAUCAAAUGAAAGAUAAUUGAAUGGAUUAUAUGUUUGUAAACUUACUUCUUCAGUUUAACUUAAAUAAACUACCAAAAGCGACAUCCGAAUAGCAUUGGUCUAAUGCAACGGUUCUCAACCUGUGGGUCGCCUAAGACCAUUGGAAAACACACAUUUCCGUUGCUGAUGGUCUUAGAAACCGAUUGAUUUCGUCCGGCUAAAAAACCAAACAUAUCAGAAAUUUUCAUUAUGAUUGGAGACGAAUUUGUUACGAAACUGAGUGCAAUUUCCGUAUCUAACGACACUGUCCGCAGAAGAGCAGAUGACAUGUCUGUUGGUAUUCUUGAUCAGGUAAUCCAGGAAAUUAAAUCUGCUCCACUUCCAAUAUUAGUAUCCAGCUAGCUUGAUGAAUCUACAGAUGUUGCAAACUGUUCACAGUUACAAGAUAACGUGAGAUAUAUUAAUGAUGGUGACUUUAAUAUGAGUUUCUUUUUUGCAAACCUCGUGAAACAACAACUACUACAUGUGAUGUAUUUGACUCACUUGUUUUAUUUCUGAAAGAUCAUAAGAUCUCUUGAAAAAGGUUUGGGUUGUUUGCAAAGAUGGUGCUCCAGCUAUGCUAGUAUGUUUACCAUAAGAUCUCUUGGGAAAGGUGUUGGGGUGUUUGGAUAGAUGGUGCUCGAGCUAUGCUAGGAUGUCGAUCUGGAUUCAACGUUUAAUACUGAAUGAGUCACAAAAAGUCAUCGGAAUUUACUGAUUGAUUAAUCGGUAAAUAUUAGCAACGAAGACGCUGUCAAAGGAGUUAAAAGAAGUGACGAAAAGCGCCGUAAGUUCUGUCAAUUUUGUAAAGGCGAGCACUUUAAACAGUCGACUGUGCAACGAGUUGAUGCGUCGAACAAAGCUCUGCUAUUUCACACUGAAAUGUGGUGGUUGUUGAAAAGAACAAUUUUAAAACGUGUUUUUGAGCUUGGCGAUGAACUCAAAACUUUUUAAAAUAAGACCGCAGCUCAAAGCUCUUUUAGUGAUAAAAGUGAACUGCAGAAAAUAGCUUACUUGGUUGACAUCUUUGCCAUCUCAUCUUAAAUGAGUUAAAUUUAUCACUGCAAGGACCAAAUGCAACAGCCCUCAACUUGCCUAAAAAGAUGCGAUCAUUUAAAUUUUAAUUUUAACUUUGGCAAAAAGGAUCUGGUAAGUAAGAAACAAUCUUAACCUUUGCACUGACUUGGGCUUUUAUGCAUACUGUCACAAAAUGAAGCAAAGUAGUUUACUGUUGUAAUAUUAAGACUUUUACCCAUGCUACACUAUGCUUCAAGACAAAAUUUCAUUUAUUUGUAAACAGAAAUUAAUAUUUCCCAAAUAUUGUUUUUUGUGAUUAAUCUAUAUGUUUUAAUUAUUUUCAAUUUUUAACAAUGAAAAUGAAUCCUGCAUAUCAGAUUCAUUACAUUACGAUUCAUAACAGAAGCAAAAUUACAGUUAUGAAAUAGCAACGAAAAUAAUGUUAUGGUUGGGGGUCGCCACAUCAUGAGGAACCUGUAUAUAGGGGUCGCGGCAUUAGAAAGGUUGAGAACCACUGGUCUAAUGGGAACCGGGUGCGAAUGGCGGUGCUGCCCGUCCGGGGCCAUUUUGAUUAAAUGCUGUUCAGAUGUCAUUUUUGGUAGGAAUAGUCGCAGCCUUUAACAUAUUCAUUGCCCACCUCCUGCAUAAACAUUUUAUUGUCAGAUUAACAGGCCUCUUCAACCAUAGGAUCAUUACUAUAAGUGUCAUCUUUCGAUUUAAAAAAAAAUACUUUUAGCAUUUAAGUUUCCUUAUAGUCUUGUCACAGGUUGGAAAUCUUGUAAAUUGAAAUUAAGAUUUAUUAAGAACGACAGUCUCAAGUGAACAGCCAUGAAACUUUUGCAUUGUCUGAGAAACAAUUGUGUUAUUUCUCAAGCCCAUACCUCAGAUAAAUAGGGAGGGUGCUAAUAGGUGUGGGUAGCUUGUUGGGGUAUGGUCAGAUGGUGUCCAAAAGAAAAUUUGGAAAAGUAUGGGGCAGUUUAAAAAAGAACCAUCUUUGCAGAGACAUGUUAGAUCCACUAGUGAAUAUAUAAACUAAUACUAAAUAGGGUAUCAGUUUGUUAGUGUCUUAAUUUCUAACAAUGUGUUUAAAAAUUUGUACUGUUUUAUUUUACAGAUUACCUGACCAAAAAGUCCUUUUCCUACAAAAUGAAGCACAUAUAUUUUUUUUUAAACUGUUGUUACAUUAGCUGGCUAGAAUUGAUUGUGUUGAGCCAGGGGUCUUGUGUGGUGCAAGAGAUACAAAUGAAACAGGAAUCAUUCUUUGCUUGUGCUUGAUUUUUUUCUUCUAAAUAAAUAUUGCUUUAUGUUAAAGUAAUUGUUCAUUGUUACCACUUUGUUAUGAAGGCUAAUUUAUUUGAUUAUUGUAACAUCCAUACAGCAUUAAAAUAAGAUGCUUUCAGUUUUAAAUAUGUUACAAGCCGUAUUUGUUUGUGUUGUCUGUCAAACAUUUGUUUCAUUUGGUACUACUCUACUUAAGCCUUGAGAAUUACUGUAAAAAAGGGGGAAAAGUUGGAAAUUGUUUAAAGUAGUUUCCAGAGUCAGUGUUUACCAUAACACUACAAUUAGAUAUUUGCGCUCCUCUUGAUUCUUGAUAAAUCUUUUUCUUUUCUUUUUGUUGUGAGUGAGUAGCCAUUCUUUAUAAAUUAUAUCUGUCCAGAAAAUAUUUGGGAGCCACCUGCAUUUUAAAUUGGUAUUUAAAAUUAAAAAAAAAAAAGUUGCAGAUUGCCAACCAUUGAUUUUGAAACCAGUAUUUUUUGUUUCAAUAGCUGUCUUUGGUUCUCUGGUUAAAAUGAACCUGUCUGAGGUUA